AUGGAGGAAGAAUCCACGCCGUCGAAGAGCAAUAAUAAUUCAGAGGGAGACGAAAGGGCAAAAACGUCAAUCGACUUCAUCGAGAAGAGGACGUGGAUGAGCUCCGUCCAGCUGUGGACCCCACCACCGCCCAUCCACUGCGAGAACAACGGGUUUACGAUCAACAGCAGGGGAGGGUCAGGGGCAUUUUCGCCAUUUAAGAAGUCGGAUGCCAAGGAUCAACAAGUGGUGCCGAUUGAAGAAGAUCGCGGCUCGUCUGGGACCCGACUGCACGAGCAGCACAAGCAGCAACUGCAGAGGAAACAGAGGCGCUGCUGGUCACCCGAGCUGCACAGGCUAUUUGUGGAUGCGCUGCAAAAUCUCGGUGGGGCCGAGGUGGCUACACCGAAGCAAAUUCGUGAGCAUAUGAAAGUGGAAGGCCUUACAAAUGAUGAAGUGAAAAGCCAUUUGCAGAAAUACAGGAUUCACGUCAGAAGGUUUUCGAAUGCAUCGCCUACAGAACGGCCGGUUUGUGAUGGUUAG